AAGGUCUAAAGGCCACUUGUUACAUACGGAAUUGUGAACUGUAUGACAGCUACCAUGUGAGGAGACUCGCUAUACAGUAUUUCACAGUGAGUAGGUAGUGCCUGUGUUGUGCCGGUGUGUGGCAAGGAGGGACCAAAAUUGUUUCCGUUUUUGAUAUGUAUAUAAAGUGGGACAUCUGGAUUAGUGUAGUGUCUUAAGUUCCGUCUUAGUGGUACUUAAACGGAAACCGUUACUUAAUAUUUUAAGUACAGGAAGCUACAUAUCAAUAAUAAUUAUCAGUGGUAAUGUAGACAAAAACUGAACUUUAACUAUGGGGUUUUCUCUAUCGUUCCCUAACUGUCUUUGCCUCGUACUGACUGGGGUUCUGGUGGUGCACAUGUUUGACCGUGACCUCACCUCGGGGGGCUUUCCCGAGCUACCAGAUAACUUGGAGGUCUUGUACUGCAAACUUCCUCAGUCCUACCGGCGAGACGACUUAGGGAGGUGUUCCUCGACGCAGCGUCUCUUCCUAAUCUUGGGGAACGAUUGUUCGAUGGAAAGCAAACCGAGAGAGAUUACAGCCUUUCCAGAGCCAAAAAACGAGACUGAGCAAGAAGAAGAUAGCUUAAUUGAGAAAAAUAUCUCCGAGGAAGUACUAACUUUUGAAGAAGAUGAAGAAGGGGAUCUGGAAGAAGAGAAGAAACCGGAAGAGGAAAUGACGUCAUCUCUGGUGGAUUCCUUUGUCAUCAGCCUCCUCCUGUGUUCCGCCAUCGUUAGCCUUUUGGAGUGGUACAGGGAGAAGACCAGGAGUUCUAAUCAAAAUAGUAACGGAGAGAUUGCACAAGGAAUGGUAAUUGGAGAAGCCAUCAGAGAUCGUCGCAUCUCCCUGGCUGACCUGACCGUGAACCGUCACAUCCGCCGCCGGGAUUCCCAACAACAGGAAGCCAUCCGUCAGUCGUUCAGCUCUCCAAGUUCCAAGCCACCUCCUCUACUUCGGCGAAGCUCCUUCCCUGCUCAGUUUCCUGAAAACCGGAAUCGCCACGCUCCACAGCGUCAGCAGUCAAAUCCUGGUUACCCCGUGGUCCGCAGGAUGUCCAUCGACCUCACCGAGGACGAUUCCUCCCCAGACAGGCGCAGAGUGAGGUUCAUCCGUCGACACUGAGAUGCCAUCAUAUCAUCCCUAUCUGUGUUUCGCAUCCUGCACUAAUCGUUAAGAUGGAAUUGCUCCCAGGUUCAUGCUACACCUGAUGUUUUAAAACUCUGUUUUACUGUUUCAAUCAUCUUCCUGGUCAGCUAAUUGUUGAAGAUUGGAUAAAAUUUAUGAUUAAUGUCGUACGGUGUGUGCCAAAUAGGAUGGUACCUCACUAUCUUCGUCACUAUGUGUCUCCUAGGUUUCUGGAGUCUUAAGUGGUAGUUAUUGUUUUAUCAAAAGUAACUUAAGUAAUGGUUAUCACAACAUUGAUAGACGUUGAGGAAAAUUAUUUACAUACUAGGACAGUUGUUGUCCAAAAACAUUCUGGUGGAAUGACAUUUGUUGAGAAUUUGACUAAUAGUAAGUAUUGUUUACUUUUUUCUGUUUUUCCUUUCUAACUUUGGAGCCUCUCAAAAUUGGAGAAAUAUACAAGAUACUCAAUUAUACGCUUUGGGACAAAAUAUUAAAAUCAAAUUACCUUCUGCAAAAUGUUGUCAUUCCUACUUCCCACUUCAAGUGUCCUUUCACGCGGCCAGCUUCAAGUACACGACGUAAUUACAACGUAUAUGACAUUUAAGGAUUUUGCAUGAGUAUACUACGCGUAUAUAGCCCUUGAAUGAAUAAUCAUUAAAAAUCUAUACUAUCAUAAUCAUAAUACGUAAAUCAUGUUUUUAAUACUAAUAUAAUGUUUUGCUCGAAAACCUUAAAAUCAUAUCUUUUAUGUAGAAUUAUUCCUACCACACCAUUGUCACAAAUUCUUCAAAAUUGGACGCGAUUACAUAAAUAAUACUUUUAUAGCAGUAGUAUAUCUAAUAAAGAUGCUUACUAUAUUUAAAAACAUUAAACAUAUCAGGGCAUAAUUAAAAAAAAAGCUACAUAAAGAAUUAAUUUUGGAGAAUAGACAUUUCCACGUAUUCUAAAAGUAAAAGAAAUGGCUUUAUAUAUUUAUUUGGUAAACUUAUUACAGUGGAAACUUACAUGACAAAGUAUACAAUUAAAAAAAAAACAUUUUAUUGUAUCACCAUAUAUAUAUAUGAUGAGUGGGAAGUGCCAUAUUCAACUUAAUAUAAAACCAAUAUUAACAUGUCUAACGUGGAUAUUCACAGAAUGGUGCUGUCAUACAUACUGGAAUUAAGGUUGGAUUAUCAUAUCGUAUGACGAAUCAUGCAUGUUAAUAAAGAUCAAGGCUCUCAUUUUAAUCUUAAUAUUGGUGGGGGAAAUUCACCAAAAGGAAAUAUAUUCAAGUUUUGUAUCAAUAAACUUAGACGAAGGCUUCUCCUUAUGGCGUGACGAUUUAGUCAAAGAAAAUAACAGUUAAUAGAUCCGAGAAUUGGUUAUUGAAAAGCCAACACACAGAUGUAUGUAUAUACCCGUUACCAAGGGACAAGCUAACCUCUGACGUAACUACGGUCGAAGAACAAGGCAAACAAAACACGAUGCAGUUAAAAUGUCUAUGUCGUGGCUUAUGUAAGGAUUCCACAACAUAACUUAAUACCCAAAUAACUUGGGCUUGGGAUGGAAAUUAUUUAAAUACUAAGUCUAUUAACCGAGGGAGCAAGAUUUUUUAUCUUAAUAUUUUCAAAUAUAUCGUCUGAUGUUGAAAUCAUAACAGACUGCAUAACUGUUUCUGUACUUUUCGUACUCAGAGCUAAUUUGUAACCAGUAUAGUUAUAAUACGUAGAGAUGAUUGUAUGGUUGUAUUCGAUAUGGACGAAAAAAAUAUUGUCUACUAAGCUUUAACUUAAUACACUGAACAAUUUUCUUACUGAUGUCUUUGCUAAAUCAAAUCCUAGACAGUGACCAAUGUAAGAUUUAACUGUCAUAAUGCAAUUUAUCAUUUAUUUGGAAUUUAUAUAAGUUUUUAUAAUACUUUUGGGGUAAUCCUUAAUUGUUUUUGUUAGUUAAACAUGUAACUAAUUUAAUUUUUUGAGAGCAAGAAACUUGUUUAUAUUACGUUGUAUAUUAUUAUACAACACAAUAAUUUCAUAAUCUAAUUUUUACUUCAGACAGAUGCUAAUGAUUCCUUUGAUUGUAUUAUUUACACAAAAAAUUAUUUGUGUAAAUAAUACAAAGGUUAUACUUACCUUGUACAUAAUAUUCCCUUUGCCCGUCCAAAAGAAGAAAAUAAAUGUGGUCUUUAUCGUACCCUCAGCUUUAAUGUAGCUUUAACGAACAAUAUACUGUAAUGAGUACCAAAUUCUUGAAAUUCACAAUGUAUAUGUCAUAUCUAAAAAAGAGCUCAGAUAUACAAAGUGUGAAUACAUAAUUUAAUUAAGGUCGAUAUUAUAAUAUAUAAAGUCUUAAAUGGUUUUUAAAUAAAACUUAUUGAUUAUAAUCACUUAAACGCACAUAGUUUAUACAACCCAGAGACCCUAAUUUAAACAUUUUUGUAUGAAAUUUGUAUAUCCAUGAUAUAAAAGAUUACUAAACUAUACAUUUAUACUAACAUUAUUCUUAUGUAUAUUGAUAAUUUAUAUCUUUCAUAUUCUAUACAAAGUGUUACCAUCUUAUAAGUGUUUAAUAAAUGUUCAAAAUAUUUUA